AUGCUGCAUGGAUCAUAUUCACUGGAGCAGUUUUUGGUGCUGCAAAAAACGCUGCAAUAUGUUAUUAGUUCUUUUGGCAAUCCGACAUCGUACGCUAGAAUUGAUUCACCACACGGAAAAGUUGAUUUCUAUCAUAUUAAUCCGACAGUUCAAGUAAUCGUAGUUCUUGUGGAUACUGCUGAAGUAGCUGAAGAAUAUCUGAAUGGAAACACGGAUGCUAAGAAAACCAAUAACUAUGCUGUCUACUUAUGCUACCGUUGGAGCAAGCGCAGGCAAGUCAUGAGUCAAAAGCCAUUUGUUGAAAAUAACGGAUAUCUUCAAUACAACUUUACUGAGAUUAUUUAUUACUGUUUAGAUACUGCCGCCGGAAAUUAUGCGUUCCCUGGUGUCGGAGGGUUAGUCGGUGGAAUAGUCGGUGGAGCGUUUGGUGGAGUUAUUGGUGGUGCUGUUGGUAGAUAUUAUGGUGUGGAUGAUGGUGGAACGAUAGUUAAAAACCUGGAUUUGCGUAGACAUGUUUGA